GUGAGACACAGCCAUAUAAUAAAAGACCAUGUUGCGUGUUUGUAUAGUUUUAAUCCUGGUCUGCACUAUGCGCAUGAAUCAUCAUUGUUUUUUUUCUGUUUUUGUUUGUUCUUUUAUUUUUGAUUUGUUUUUAGGACAACUGCGGCCGCGAAUUUAGAGUUGUAUUAUUGGAUUCUGAAGGAAUAGAUGCUGCAAUGGCAAAGGGACAAACUGACAAUCAGAUUUAUACCUUGACAGUUUUACUAGCUUCUAUUUUUAUUUACAAUUCCAAAAAUGUCCCUAAAAGAAGUGACCUCAGUGGAUUGGACUUUGUUUUAAGAUUGUCGCAACAAAUUCAGGCCAUAUCAGGAGGUGGAUCUCGGUCGAUCAAAAAUGAAGAUGUUUUUCAAAAGACGUUUCCACACUUCAUUUGGCUUCUAAGAGACGUCAUGACUGACUUACCAGAUGACUGUAAAGACAUCAAAGACUACUUCUUGACAAGGAUUUUCAAACAAGAUACAUCGCAAAAGGGUCAGCCUGAAGAUAAAAUUGCUGAAAGCAUUCUGCAGUUCUUUUCUGGAUUUGAUGGUUUUCGGCUUCCGCCACCUGCAUUCGACAAAGAGGUAAUGAAAGAUAUCGAACGGAACAAGGAUCGUAUCAACCAAGAAUUCCUCGCUAGAGUAGAGUACUUUGUAGAAUUACUGAAGUCUAAAAUGGCUCCCAAAAGAAGCUGUUACGAAGGAGAGUUUGUAACUGGAGAAGGACUGGCAACUUUGACGAAGCUUUAUGUUAAGGCUAUAAACGAUCCCAGCUGCAUUCCUAAUGUGCAAACAGCUUGGGAAACGUUUGUGCGGGAAAAAUGUGACGAGGCGAAGAAAACAGCGUUGUUAGCAUACGACAAGAUAAUGAAAGCAAAACUCUCCAACCUACCCUGUGAUGGAGAUAAGAUCCUGGCGAGUCAUCAGUCUGCCACUGAUGAGAGCAUGACCAUAUUUCGAGAAGGAACGUUUGGAAUUACCACUGAACAUACCAGGAUGGAUCUCGAGGAAUUGAUAAAUGACGAACUUAAAAAACUGAGUGAGUGGAAGGCCAACAAUGAUCGAUUGACCAAAUUAGCCUGUGAAAAACUUCUGGAAGAACUAAAGCAAAAGCACGUAGAUCCAGUUCUGAGAAAGCUGCGAGGAACAGACAGAACAAGUUGGUCUUUUAAGGGAAUUGACAACGGUAUUUCCCGAAUUGAAAAGGAGUACAGAAAUCGAGCUGUAGGAGCCAGUAAAGUCCGUGCUGAGGUGUUUCAUGAAUUUCACAAGCGCUUGUGUGCUGAGGUGGACCAGUACAAGGAUAUCCUCAAGAAAUUUAAAGAUUACGAUGAAGAUAUUUUAAAACAACGUAUGAGAUACGCUGAGAAAGAUAGAGAAGCCGAGAAACUAAGGGAAAACAACCGAUACAUGGAGAAACAGCUGCAAAUUCAAGACCAAAAGUUGAAAGCUUUUGAGGCAAAGAAGAGAAAAGAGCUGCAUGAAAAACUUCAACAAUCAAAAGAGACUGAGGAUAUUCUUAAGAAGAAAAUCCAGGACCUGAACAAGGCUGGAAUGGAAAAGCAGAUCGAUAACUUGAAGUAUCAACUUGGUGAAGCGAGGAACGAAACGCGCAAAUGGAAAAGCGAAAUAACAGGUCUGAAGAAUGAGGUUGCACGGUUGAAAGAGCAACUGAGACUUGCACAGAGACCUUUCUGGAAACGAUGGUUAGGGAUUGACAGUUAAAACGAUGAUAAAGAUAAGCGUGCCCUUAAGAAUGACAAGACCCGCAAAAUGCAGCCUUACGUGAAUCAUUUAGUGAUAUGUUUAAUUUAAACUGUGGGCUGUGAGAAUUUAGCUGUUCACAUUUAUUGAGAUCCAUAGUCGUAAAUGUGUUGACUGCCAUCUUAAAUUAUUUUAAAAAGUCGAUUGGAAAUAAUAAGGUAGCUCUGAGCCUCGCUGAAAGAACGUUAUUUACCUGAAAACGCAAAAUAGCACAUGCAGUGCCCGAGUAACAAAUUUUGAAGUCAUACGAAUUGAUUUGCACGGAAGUAGAGCAGCUCUCGUAAGCUUGCAAUUCUAUUGCUCGUCAUAGUGUAGCACUGCCACUGCUUUGGGGUUAGGGGCAUUGUUUCUGUUGCUGAGUAAGUGGCGUAAUGUAUUCUCAGCUCGUAAAAACGUUCUUGGAAUCGAUCCUUAUUUGAAGUGGUCUUUAUUGUCAAGAAAGGAGAAUCUACCGUAAAUGGUGGCAACCGCAGUUGACAGGUUGUUGUUGUUCUUCUUUUCUUUAACAAAUUAAGAAGCCCAAGCCGUGUUUUACACUGUGAU